CGUAGCUUCAACUACUUGAGCAAUCCAACCUCGAGGGUGCAACCGGCUCAACCAUGAUUCGGAACCCAAUACACGCAACAGCCGGUCGGGGCAGGCCAGACCUGGCACGCGUCAGCAGCGGCAUCGCAGCCUCCCUUCGCCACUUCUCCAUCGCCCAAGCACGCUGCAGCGAUGAACAAACCCAACGGCCCUCGGCGAAACAGCGCGUGGCCGCCGCCGCCAGCGAGCUCCUCUCUAUGAAUGACCCCCGGCAGCCACAACAGCCCAGGCCAUUGGCCAACAUGGGUGGUGCUCAACCUCCAAAAGCGCCACCCAUCAUCAGCGUCGCUAGCCUGCGAGGCGGUCUACGAGGUGGCAUCCAGGGUAGAUCAGAUGACCGUCCUGGAAGGCGCGGCCGCCCAUCCCGGCAGGAAGAAGACGAGGACAGGAACCGGUAUAAGGCAUAUCAGGCGAUGGAGGGCGAGGACCCGCAACUCAGUGCAUACUACGAGCGCAUUGACUGCGGUGUUGCCGAGUCGUACCAGCCAUCUGUCAACCUGCUCGACGACCUGGCCGGGUAUCUACCUGCUGUGGCUACGUCGUGCACGCCGCUUGCGCACAAGGGUGUUGUCAUGGGGGAGGCGCGGGUGCUGGGUGGUGGACAUGCGUUCGAGGCUACGCAUUGGGUGCAUCCUACUAUUGCGAAGGAUAUGUACAAGGAUGGGUAUGGGGCCUUCUUCCCUACUAUGGAGGCCAAGGAGCAGGCAAAGGAGGUGCUCAAGAUGGACUUCAAGGCGCCUGAUGAGACGACGCGGAAGGCGAUCCUGGAGAAGGCGCUGUUGGGGAAGUAUGAGGGUCCUACUUUUGCGGAGAAGAACAAUCCUGUGGGAGUGCUGAGGAGUUAUGUGAGGAGGGAUGGGACGUGGAAUGCCAGGGCGGAGAAGAAUAUUGAGGAGAAGGUUAGGAGUCUAUUACCGGCUCGCUUGCUGCCGCCAGAGGAAGCGGCUGCUGCUGCUGCUAGAAAUAGUGCGCAGGCGAAGGCGAGGACGAAGAGUGCCUAGGAUUUUGAGGCGUGUAUACUAUAGAUUUUAUGAAGCACGGUAUGCGCUGUACCAUCAUCCUAAGUGUAGUUAGUGUACAUAUAGACAAAAGCUGCAUACAUAUCUCUGUAUCGCGUUUCCUUCCUGGCCAUCUGAAACGAACAUCUAUCUCCUGUAGCUCUAACUCGUGGAUAUCAACUCCUUCACCAAAAACACCCCUACUUCUCA